CAGGUCAGUGGGUCAUCCAAGUCAUAAAGAGAAAAGAUAAGUGAGAAGCAUCACAGAGGCAACAGGUUUUUUCCUAACGUAGCCUAACUGUGCCCUCCAGUGGACACAUCCAGCGGAUUUCGGCGGCAGCGUGUUUAGAGUUGGUCGAUCUUCUUAGUCUUCUUUUUAUUUUAUUUUAUUUUAUUUUAUUUUAUUUUAUGUUUUGCUGUUGUUUUGCGAACUAAAAUCGGAAUUUGUCCACCCUACCGAGAGAAAAAUCGUUUCUUUUCUUUUUUUUUGUUUGCAUUUCUCAGAGUGUGAUCGCCUCUCCUCCGUGAAGACGCAGCCAGGCAGUGCGCUUGGAUGAGCAGCGCUGGGGAAAGAAAAGCGUGGAGAAGGAGCAGGAGGAGAAGAAGAAGAAGAAGAAGAGGAGGGAGAGUUUCUCCAAACGCAGAACGAAACAACCUUGGACUUACUUGUCCGCUCUCAAGGGUCGCCUCCACACUGCCACUUUGUUCUGGGCUGAGUGAAGGGGCAACAAGCACCUGCAGGGCCGCACUGCUUGCCCAAACCCUAUAACUGCACCAUGGGAAGCUUUUCCAGCAAGGACGGCCACGGACCCCAAGGGGCCCAUUUGGAGAGUUUCCACACUCCACCUACUACUCCACAGAGCGAUGGGGCCUCUUUUACGGCUGGAGGUCCCCAAUUUAAACCUCCCCGCACGGCCCCAGUUUCGUCGCCACCUCCAGUGCCUACCAGCACACCCGGCGGGAAGAAAUCGCAGCCCGGCACCCCCGCCACGCCCAGCACUCCCAUCCCUCCUCCCGACUGGAGGCCUCCUCCGCCGGUCACCUCAAGCCGCUCCGCAAAUGGGCCCGGAGUGAGCCCCGUGCACAACCAGCCAGGAGGCACGGCGGCAGCCAGAAGGCCGGGCGCUUCGGGAAGGAAUGGCGGCCCCCCCACCUCCACCCCAAAGACUCCAGUCACCCCAGGGAAGAGUGUGGCUGUCAGCCCUUUUAAGAGUUCCUCUUCUCAGUGUAGUGCAUCGACCGCGGCAGUCACCUCGCUGGGGCAGAACUGGAAGGAAAGGGACAGUGGUCUGAGCCAGUCUCUGCUCCCGGAUCACGAAUUGCCGGACGGACAAGGGGGGGAAGUGAAGAAGCUGCUAGAGGAGUGUAGGACCGUGCUGGGUGUCACCGACAGCCAGGAUAAGACCACAACCACGACAGAGAUACUGCAGCAUCUGAUGACGGAAGUGAAGAGUUUGAAGGCUACUUUGCAGACGGAGCGUGCGGAAUGGCUGCAGUUCCAGGCCGACCUCCAGGUGGCGGUGGCGGUGGCAGACCGCCUGAGAGCUGAGGCUGACGAAGAGCUGACGGCGCUCCGAACGGCCCACAAGGACACGGAGAGGGAGCUGGCCGCCGCCCAGCAGAGACAGAAGGAGGCAGAUAUGCAGCUGGUCACCCUGAGAGGAGAGCUGAAGGAGAGCAGGCAGAGACUGGCCACUCUCACUCAGGCUCAAGACAAAACCGAAGGCCAGGCUCCUCGUCACGAGCCGGAGAGGCCCAACGGAAAAAAAUCGAACAGCAACGAAAGCACAGAAGGAGCCCAGAGGGGCAGGGAGAGGGCGGUGUACAGGUUGGGACGAGAAGGCGUGGAAAGUCGGAAUCAGAAUGACACGACAAAGAGUGCUGUCAGCGAGGAUGCGAGGACAGACUGCAAAGGUGUGACCAAGCGUUACCUGAGAAACGUGACCAAUGAGGAUAGGAGCAGAGCAGAGGUGAGCUCCAGCGAGACGAGAAGGACCCUAACAACAGAGCGGUCAAGGAGCCUGUCCAGAUUGCCGGCUUCCUCCGACUCAACUGCUGUUCAAAAUGGAAACCCCCAGUCCAAUACCACCACGACAGUUGGACCUACAAACAAGAACUUGGCACAACUAAGAGGACGAAGAAGUUUCGAUUGGCAAGACGGCAAGUCAAGUAAUGACUCAGGCAAACGUGAGGAGUCUCUGAACAAGUACAACUCGGCCCUCACCGAGUUGCCACCCACCAAGUCCCAAGACGGUUUCAACCUACUGCUGCGUCGCCAUGGGGGCUCAAAAAGAAACUCGCUGCUCCGCUGGUGUCAGAGCCGAACCCAAGGCUACAAGAAUAUUGAUAUUACCAACUUCAGCAGCAGCUGGGCUGAUGGCCUCGCGUUCUGUGCCGUCUACCACACCUACCUCCCGUCCCACAUCCCUUACAGCACCCUCAGUCCAGAGGACAAGAAGGAGAACCUCAGCCUGGCAUUCAAAACAGGAGAGUCUGUUGGGAUUGCGCAGUCUCUGACGUUGGAGGAGAUGCUGAGAGCAGGUGGUCCUGACUGGCAAAGGGUCUUGAGCUACGUUGAGAGCAUGUACCGUCACUUUGAAAUGUGACUGCUGAAGGAACUGACAAACAAUCCCAUGACAGAUAUGUGAGGACUCAACUUCAAGUGUUAGUAAUAACGGCCCCCUGAGUAGUACCUUUGGUGGGUGUCUGCAAGUAAAUGACAUUCAAAGCUACAAAUUGUAACUUUAAUCUUUUGCUUGACGUUUAAGUGCAGGAUGUCUUAGAAAUGGCAGUAACAAAAGCAAAAAGCCCAAGCGAAAGAUGUAAGCACAGAUGAACAUCAGCUGUGUGUACUUUUCAUUUCCAUUAAUUUUUGAUGUGGCUCUUGGGUAUACUGGCUUGUGCUAUAAAACGGUGUUAAUGGACUGCACAUACUUAAAGCCUCUGUGGACAAGUUGAGAAUCUGAUUGAAGUUACAUAUUGUAGCUUUCCAAAUAAAGAACAUCUGAAUAUCUGGAUAUUUCUAUAGCAAAUGUUUGCUGCAAAUGUCUCCACACUGGUACUUCACUGGCAGAAAGUACUGUAUUAGAUAAUAUAUUGCAUGAAAUCUGUUAGCAGUCAUUCAACUGCCCAAGGUUUUAUCUGACAAUAUGUUUUGCCUCUUGCUUUUAUAUGUGAUGCUUUUUUUCCCCUCUCCUGGACCUUAUAGCACUCUGUAAAUAUGCACUUUUUUCAGCACUUUGUCGGUGUAAGAAUGUAACAGCGUUGGAAAUGUGUGUGAUGUAUGAAUACUGAAUAACAGUUCUGAAAGUGCCUCUUUAUUAUCACACGUGUGCCAGGGCUGUUCAUGGGGCUCAGGGAUGUGCUUUACAAGAGUGCUGUUGAGCAAAAAGAAAAACACAAACCUGCACAAGCUUGCACGUCACCUCGCCUCCCGCCCGCAUCCUCGCUGAUGCACAGCUGGUGCUGUCAAGACACGUUUAAAGACGAGUUUGUUGCCAAAGUUGUCAAAUAUCGGACAAAUACGCCGUACAUUGUAAAAUAUGUUUAUAUGUAACUAGUGUGAAAAGAAAUGCCAAAGCAAUAAACAGUUAAUAUGAGUUAAA